CCAUCGAUGACCUCGCUCUUCCACCUCCUCGGCCAGCCCGAGAUCGCGUCCAUGGUGUUUGAGUUUCAGUUUGGCGUCUACGAAGACGUGCGCCCGGCCUUUCUCGCGUUUCACCGCCUCGUUGAGCUCGGCACCGGCGACUACGGGCCCGAGUACCACUGUGAAGUGACGUUCCACCGCGAGUUUGCCCCUGGCGCCAGGUGGACGUCGCCGUGGAGUGAAUCGAUCGAUACCUACGCCUGCAUGCUCGACAAGGUCACACGCGACGCCCGCUUUCCGCUGCACGUUGCAAUAUACGAAGGCUUUGACGACAUGGCCAAGCGCAUCUUGCAUUGCCGUCCGGAUCUCGCCUCGGAAGACGCGAUUCUGCUCGCUUUUAUGGAGAACCGCCUCGAGAUGGCCGAGUUCCUCCUCGACCAGCGUUUGGUGGUGCCUCAGCUGCAUCGACGUGUGAACGCGGUGGCGCCGCCACCACCUUUCGACUUGCAUGAAUCUUGGCCGACAGUCCUGGAGCGGCUCAUGGGCAACGAGAACCCAAAGGCGAUGCCUCUGCUCUUGCGCUUCAACCCACGCCCGGGUGUGUGGACAGCCAACAUGCUCUCUCUGGCGACGCGGCGUGGUCGCCUUGACAACAUUGUGUUUGCGAUCGACCACUUUGGGUGGUUUCAGCACCCCGAUCUUAUCAAAGACGUGGCGGCGUUCGGGGCGCUGAAUCUCGUGCGAACGCUACUGGAGCGCGGUUUGUUUUGCUCCACGGCAGUUCUGGACACGGCCGCAUUAUCUGGCUUUCUCGAGAUGGUCGAGUGCCUCCACGAAAACAGUCGUGGUGGCUGCACGACCGAUGCCAUGGACGCGGCCGCCCGCUGCGGCCAUCUCGACGUGGUUAGUUUUCUGCACGAGCACCGCACCGAAGGCUGCACAGUCGGCGCCAUGAACAAGGCGGCCCUGUACGGCCACAUUGCGAUCGUCGAGUUCUUGCACGUCAACCGCCGCGAAGGCUGUACGGUCGAAGCGAUGGACAAUGCGGCUCGGUUCGGUCGUUUCGAGGUCGUCCAGUUCCUCCACUUCCACCGGACCGAAGGCUGCACGACCAAAGCGCUCGACAAUGCCAUUUGCAACGGCCACCUCGACGUUGUCCGCUUCCUCGUGGAGCACCGAAGCGAGGGCGCUUCGCCCAACAUUAUGGAUAGAGCGGCCGCCCACGGCUCCCUCGACAUGGUCCAGUUCCUCCACUCUCUUGGCACGCUGGACUGCACCGUCGAUGCGGUCGACCGCGCUGUCGAUUUUGGCAACGAAGGCGUAGUGCAUUUCCUCUUGGCUCACCGACGCGAAGGCGGUAGUCGCGACAACGUCGUGCGCCUCGCGCUCCAGAACCGACACGUUUCGAUCGCCAAGCACUUGCUCUCGCUCGGCUACCCGUUCCCGUCACCGACGCCCCAUUUGUGGGACUUCGACAUGGCGACGAUUCAGUUCUUCGUGGCUCAUGGUGCGCCGUGGAGCACCGAGUGGAUGGACGUGGUGUGCGGACGACGGGACUUGGUGUUUGUCAAGUUUCUUCACGAGCACUCGACCGCGGGAUGCACCACGGACGCGCUCGAACGCGCGAUUCUGUCCGAGUCGUGGGACGUGGUCGACUUUCUUUUGGCCCACCGACGCGAAGGCGUCUCGGCCAAAGGCUUUGUGCACAUCCUCAACCGUCUACACAUGACGGCUGUGCUCAACACUCGACACGCUGAGGUUGUGGGCCGUCUCCUGCAGCGCCAGCCCGAGCUCCGCGACGACCCCGUGGUCCUCGAUGACCUCGUCCAUUUCGGGCUACCUGACGCACUGCAGUUUGCGCUUGCAGCGGGCUUUGCUCAGCCGAGAUCGGCUCUCAUCAAAUUUGCGGGGUGUCCAACGGUCGCCUCGAAUUGCAAGUUCGUGCUGCCGUACUGCAUGGACGCCAGUGGUCAUUUCGAGAACGUUAGCUUUCUUGUCGACCUCGUCGCGCUGCCCGACCGCUGGCGACCGACGAUGCUCGAUUUGGUAUCGCCCGAGCUCACGUACCAGAUGCAAAAGGCCAGACAGUGUGUCCAACGCGUCGACAAGCUUGUGGCGCACGAGACAGCGCUCUUGGCGCGGGGCGACGUUGUGGACGCGGCGUUGGCGUUGGCGUCUGGGCAUCUCUGGAGCUCGCACGCGACGGCUGAUGGCGCGCGUUUAGCUACGUGGGCAAGCCUGGUACAAGACGUGCCUCUCAAGGAGACGCUCACAAGUCUGCUGUCGCACAAGCGCAAGCGCACAACGCCGAUCUGAUACUCUCUGUCGCUAAGGAUCCAAUAGUUGCUCCAUUUUCCUUAAUAUCAUACGUGUUCCGAUGGUAUACUCGA